GUAAGAAUAAAUAAAUAAAUAAAUAAAAUUAAAAAUCCAUAAUUCCAUGUUAUCUCUGUAACAUCUGCAAAAAUUGAAUCACCAAUUCGCCUCUCUCUCUCUCUCUCCAGUUACUGCUUCCUUUCUCCAUCUCUCUUUCUCUCUCUAAAAACCACAUUUUGAGAUCAGAUCUCGACCAAAUUCCACCAAUGGCUUCCCUUUCUACCCGCGAAGAAAACGUGUACAUGGCGAAACUGGCCGAGCAAGCCGAACGCUACGAAGAGAUGGUGGAGUUUAUGGAGAAGGUGUCCACCGCCGUCGGCGACUCCGAGGAGCUGACGGUGGAGGAGCGCAACCUCCUUUCCGUGGCGUACAAGAACGUGAUCGGCGCACGCCGGGCUUCCUGGCGGAUCAUAUCGUCGAUCGAGCAGAAGGAGGAGUCUCGCGGCAACUCCGACCACGUCGCCACCAUCAAGGACUACCGGACCAAGAUCGAGACCGAGCUCUCUUCGAUCUGCGACGGCAUUCUCAAACUGCUCGAUUCGAAAUUGAUACCCACGGCCAACGCCGGGGAUUCCAAGGUCUUCUAUUUGAAGAUGAAGGGAGAUUAUCAUAGGUAUUUGGCGGAGUUCAAGACCGGAGGAGACAGGAAGGAGGCUGCCGAGAAUACGCUCAAUGCGUAUAAGUCUGCGCAGGAUAUAGCAAAUGCAGAUUUGGCUCCGACUCAUCCAAUUCGGCUAGGACUGGCUCUUAAUUUCUCUGUGUUUUAUUAUGAAAUUUUGAAUUCACCUGAUCGAGCUUGUAGUCUUGCAAAACAGGCUUUUGAUGAAGCGAUCGCGGAGCUGGAUACACUGGGAGAGGAAUCCUACAAGGAUAGCACUCUGAUAAUGCAACUUCUUCGUGAUAAUCUGACUUUGUGGACCUCAGACAUGCAGGAUGACGGGGGAGAUGAGAUCACAUCCAAGCGCGAGGAUGAGCAGCAGUGAAGUUAGUUAUUUUCGCAUUAGUAUCUCACUCAUCUCCUAUUUGCUUUUUUGAUUGGAGAAGUUUGGUCCUCCAUCCAUUCUAUUGUGGUUUUAAGAAGUUCAUCCCUUGAUCUAUGAACUUUGUAGUUAAUUUUAUAAGUUUCCCAUUUUUAUCUUUAUUUACAUUUCAUUGUUUCUCUUA